GUCACCAACAGAUGCACUGUGACCGCAGCACCAUCACUGCUCAGCUUUGGGCACAGGCAGAGCCUGGCCCACUCAGUCUCGAGCCUGGACUCCUGCCGAGCGCGUGUGCAAGGUUGGAGGUGGAGCGAGCAUUUGUCUUGGGUGCUGGGCUGUGCUUUGGGCACUGCUGGCAGCGGCUCUCGCUGCCCGUCCCUACGGCCAUCACCUGCAUUUCCCUGGCCUGCCUGGUUCAGGCAGCCGGGGCCCCACGGGACGCACGUGCAGCAGCAGAGUGCGCAACAUUCACCCCUGUGGCACUGGUGAAGAGGAGCAACACUCAUCCUCACUCCCCAGCGGGCCACAGCAUAAGGACCAUGGCAGCAGAGCAGGAAUGGGUAUGUCCCAUCUGCCACGAUGCACGCGAGGACAUUGCCUACGUGGUGCCGUGCCAUCAUGAGUAUUGCCUCGGCUGCAUCCUGCGGUGGGGCAAGCAGAAGAAGAGCUGCCCGCUCUGCAGGAAGGACAUGGAAGUGGUCAAGGUCGCUGCGUGGGAUGACAACGAGGACCUGAACUUCAUCAUCUGGCCUCCAGCACCACCAGUACCUGCCUGCUUCCAGGAAGGCAUUGCUCUAAACUUCAGCAGCUCUAGCCCUUCCUCGUCCCCUUCGCUGUCUCCUCUGCCAUUCUCAGAUGAGGAAGAGGAUGAGGAGGCAGACGAGGAGGAGGAUGAGGAGACAGAUGAGGAGGAGGAGGAGGAAGAUGAGGAGCUGGAGGAAGAGGAGGCAGAGGAGGGUCCUUUGGUGGGCGGUCUCCGGCCUCAGGCCUGGGCACAGCUGUUCAGGCAGCACCAGGAGAUCCUGGACCCUGUGCUGCCCAGGCUGCGCCAAGAGCUGAGAGCCGUCUUUGACACUGACUGGUGGCCGGCAAUGGCAGCAGAGAGCUUCAUCUUUGAUGCUCUGUGUGACAUUGGGCCGAACAGAGAGGAGCUGAUAGACCUGAUGUGGCCUGCGCUGGAGGACGAAACUGAGACGUUCAUCCAGGGGCUCAUCGAUACCAUCAUGCUUCAAUGCAGCGAGGAGGCCCACAGACUGCUGGGUCUGCAGGGCACCCACGUGUCCGGGGCGCAGGAGGAGGGCCCUGCAGUCAGGGGGCAGGAGGACAGCCGUGCGGCCGCCCCUGGCCCCACAGCCUCCCCACAGGUGACCCCCACCUCAAGGCCCGGACUCUCUGGCAGCACUGCGACAUCCCGCAGAGAGGAGCAGCCCAGCACGGCAGGGGCUGACAUUCGUGCGGGUCUCAGUCACGGCCCCGCUGCACACACGGCGACGGAAGCGGAGCGGCCCUGCGAGGAGAUGGAGCAGGAGGCAGCAGCAGGUCCCUCUGCCCAGGGCAGCAGCCCCUCCGCUCCUGGUCACUCUCCUGAGAGGGCCCGGCGGCCCCCUAAGAGGAGCGCUGACAGUGACCAGGAACCACAGCCUCCCUGCAAGAGGCCACCGCCUCAGUGGGACUAGCAGGGUUACACUUCUCUUUAAUUAAUAAAUAAUAAAAAGUUUUCUUAGAAUCAUGGAAUAGUAGUGGUUGGCAGAGACCUCUGGAGAU